UGUCAUGUGACACCGACUUGUCCAGCUCACACUUCCGGUUCUGCGUGGAGGAAAAAAAGUUGGUUGAAAUCUCUGAAAAAAGUUUGUGUUUUGGAGGAACUUUCCACGCUAACGACACAGUUUUAACGGCUGAACUUCAUGAGGAGGUAAUAAGUCUAAAGGAGAGCAGAGUCAAAGUUCAGUCACUUGUUUUGAAUUCGGAGCAUGUCGUCUGCCGUCUUGUACAACGACCAAGGAGGAGCGGAGGCUGGCGUCGAAGCGGGUCAGGAGAACACCCCGACCACCUCCACCUCCGGAGCUGCCUUUGGCCUCUUCAGUGCAGACUUUAAAAAGAAUGAAGACCUUAAAGAGAUGCUGGAGAGCAACAAGGAGUCGCUCAAACUGGAGGCCAUGAAAAGAGUUGUUGGGCUGAUUGCCAAAGGGAAAAAUGCCUCCGAGCUGUUUCCUGCUGUUGUGAAGAACGUGGCGAGUAAGAACAUCGAGCUUAAGAAGCUGGUGUAUGUGUACCUGGUGAGGUACGCGGAGGAGCAGCAGGACUUGGCUUUGCUGUCCAUCAGCACCUUCCAGCGGGCUCUGAAGGACCCGAACCAGUUCAUCAGAGCCAGCGCGCUCAGAGUUCUGUCCAGCAUCAGGGUCCCUAUUAUUGUCCCCAUCAUGAUGCUGGCCAUCAAAGAGGCAGCAGCUGAUCUGUCCCCGUAUGUCAGGAAGACAUCAGCCCAUGCUAUCCAGAAGCUCUACAGCCUGGAUCCAGACCAGAAAGAGCAGCUGAUCGAAGUCAUAGAGAAACUAUUAAAAGACAGAAGCACACUGGUAGCCGGGAGUGUGGUGAUGGCUUUUGAGGAAGUGUGCCCGGAUCGUAUCGACCUGAUCCAUAAGAACUACAGGAAGCUGUGCAACCUGCUGGUGGACGUGGAGGAGUGGGGACAGGUGGUCAUCAUCUCCAUGCUGACGCGCUACGCCCGGACGCAGUUCACAAGUCCCUGGAAGGAGGGCGCCAUGUUCGACGAGAACAACGACAAGACGUUUUACGACUCCGACUCGGAGGAGAAAAGAGAUGAGACGGAGGAGAAGCCGUACAUCAUGGAUCCGGACCACAGGCUGCUGCUCAGGAACACUAAACCUCUGCUGCAGAGCAGGAACACUGCUGUGGUGAUGUCAGUCGCUCAGCUCUACUGGCACCUGGCCCCAAAACAUGAAGUCAGCAUCGUCACCAAGUCCCUGGUCCGACUGCUGAGAAGCCACAGAGAGGUGCAGUACAUCGUUCUGCAGAAUAUCGCCACCAUGUCCAUUCAGAGGAAGGGGAUGUUUGAGCCGUACAUGAAGAGCUUCUACGUGAGAUCAACAGACGCCACACACAUCAAAACACUGAAGUUAGAGAUCCUGACCAACCUGGCCAAUGAAGCCAACAUCUCCACCAUCCUGCGGGAGUUUCAGACCUACGUGAAGAGCCAGGACAAGGCGUUCGCAGCAGCCACCAUCCAGGCCAUCGGCAGGUGUGCAACCAACAUCUCAGAGGUGACGGACACGUGUCUCAGCGGUCUGGUGCUCCUGCUUUCCAACAGAGACGAGACGGUGGUGGCCGAGAGUGUGGUGGUGAUCAAGAAGCUGCUCCAGACUCAGCCCACCCAGCACUGCGAGAUCAUCAAACACAUGGCCAAGCUCUUCGACAACAUCACUGUCCCCAUGGCCCGAGCCAGCAUCCUGUGGCUGAUGGGAGAGUACUGCGAGCGAGUUCCCAAAAUCGCCCCCGAUGUUCUCCGUAAGAUGGCGAAGUCGUUCACGGCAGAGGAGGACAUCGUGAAGCUGCAGAUUGUCAACCUGGCAGCCAAACUGUACCUCACCAACUCCAAGCAGACCAAACUGCUGACCCAGUACAUCCUGAACCUUGGUAAAUACGACCAAAGCUACGACAUCAGAGACCGAACCCGCUUCAUACGACAGCUGAUCGUUCCCAACGAGAAGAACGGCGCCCUCAACAAGUACGCCCGACGCAUCCUCCUGGCCUCCAAACCAGCCCCGGUGCUGGAGUCCGCCUUCAAAGAUCGAGACCGCUACCAGCUGGGCACUCUCUCCCACAGCCUGAACACUAAAGCCACAGGAUACCAGGAGCUCUCAGACUGGCCGGAGGUCGCUCCAGACCAGUCUGUGAGGAACGUGGAGGUCGUUGAGCCGAUCAAAGAGUGGGCUCCGACCGUCGGGAAGACCAAGAAAACCAAAUCUGAUGAGAAGUUCUACUCAGACGAUGAAGAUGAGAAAGAAGAGGAAGGAUCUGGGAGCAGCGGCAGUGAGGACAGCAGCAGUAGCAGCAGCAGCAGCAGCAGUGGAGAGUCGGGCAGUGAGAGCGAGGAAGAAAGCAGCGAGGACUCUGAAAAGACCUCCGGUGAUUCUGGACAGACCUCCAGCGGAUCUGAAAAGAGCUCCAGCGACUCCGAGUUAGAACAAAAGAAGAAGAAAAAGACCAAGAAGGCACCACCGAAGAAGAGCAAACCCGCUGCAGCAGAGAGUGACUCCGAUGAGAACGGUAACGGUCCCGUCCCCCAGGCCAGCAGCUCGUCCGCUGAAAACUCGUCGUCCGGCUCAGAGUCAGACUCCGAGGACGAGUCCGACUCAGACUCUGCUAUACCACAGAAGAAGAAGAGCGACGCCAAGUCCAAACCUAAGGUGGAAGUGAAGUUGAAAAAAGAAGUCUCCUUACUGGAUCUGGAUGACUUCUCUCCUGCUCCCACAAACACGCCAAUGUCCUCAGCCGUCUCCUCGAGCCUGCUGUCCGACCUUGAGGGCCUCUCUCUCUCCAACGUCUCCUCCACCAUGCAGGUCACCACUCCUUCGUUCGGCCCUGUGAAAACGUACGAGCUGCUCCACCAUAUGACAGGAAAAGGCCUGUCAGCCAAGUACCAUUUCCCCAGACAGCCCUGUUUGUAUGAGCCCAGUAUGGUGUCUGUACAGGUCAUACUGACCAACAGCUCGGACCACAGCCUGGAGGAGAUCCACAUAGGAGACCGAAGCCCAGCCGGCCUCAACAUCCACUGCUUUAACACAAUCGAGCGGCUGGAGCAAGAGGCCUCGGUGACGGUUUCCAUGGGUAUUGACUUCAGCGACUCGACGCAAGCAGCGAACUUCCAGUUGUGUACGAAGGAGGAUCAGUUCAGUGUGUCCAUCCAGCCUGCUGUAGGAGAGCUGCUGAUGCCCAGCAGCUUGAACGAGCAAGACUUCAGCAAGGAGCAAGGUAAACUCCUGGGCAUGAACGAAACCUCCGCAACCAUCACAAUGGCCACAGCAAACACCUCCAGCCAGGCCAUCAACAAGCAUGUCCUGUCCGUGGCCAACGUCGGCGUGGUUUCAUCCAGUCAGAACAGCUUGCACAGGUUCGCCGGGCGGACGAUCAGCAGUGGAGCUCUGGUUUUGGUGUCACUGGAGCUGAAGGAGUCAUCCACCGCCCUGCUCACCAUCAACACAGAGAAGAGUGUCAUGGCAUCCAUGCUGCUCCGAGACCUCAAACAAGCACUCGCCCAGGCAUAGACCUCCCUCCCUCCCUCCCUUCUCCUCCACCUCCUCCUCCUCCCCUCUUCCCUUAGUACAGGUAACGAGGAACGGCACUAAGUUUAAGAUAUCACAGAUUUGAUUUCUGCAGUUUAGGACAAUGAAAACAAACAUGGCACUUAGACAUCUGAGAACUGGAGCUUCAAUUUGUGUGCUUGAAAAGAACAAAAUAAAAAUUAAUUUCCUGUUUCUGCUUCAGAGCAGGUUUGUCCUGAACUGCAGGAAUCAUUUGUGAAACCUUUUGUAGUGUCUGUUUCAAACACACAGAAGGUGUUAUAGUGGUGAUAAGAUAUUUAAACAUCUCCAAGUCCCACCUGAACAUGACUCCAUCACAAACAACAUCAGCUGGUCUUUAACCUCAACCUUUACUGAUCCUUUAUGGGUUUGAGCAAACAGCUGUUCACACAGUGUGGGAGAAAACACAUCUCUGCAUCCUCUAAAGCGUCAGUGUUAAAGUAUCUUUUAUCAGCUUUAAUAUCUGAACUCUCUUGAGUCUCAAACAUGAAGAAGAAGAAACAGGAAGUCUGUCUUUUUGACCCUUCUGGUCCCUGUCCCUGUUGUAGUUUGACAUUCCACCCCCUCCCUUCCCUCCUCCCUGAAUCUCAUCUCAAAGUGCCUUCUCCAAGAGAAAAUAAUCUUUAGUAAACCAAACAAACACGUCAGACUGAAAUCAAGCAGGUCUUUUUAUCUGUAUCAUGCUGAACAAUAAAAAGUGAAUUUAUUGAAAACA